GGGCUGCGAUACUCGUCACGUUGAUGCACGUUUAGUCCUGAAGCUCCACGCAGGGGGGCGAACCGCGGCGGCUGUGUUAGUAUCAUUGAGGUGACCAGUGCAGUCAUGAGGGCCUCAUCCUCACGCCUGUCCAGCUUCUCCUCCAGAGACUCUCUGUGGAGCCGGAUGCCGGACCAGAUCUCCGUGUCCGAGUUUCUGUCGGAAACCACGGAGGAUUACAACUCCCCGACCACCUCGAGCUUCACCACGCGGCUGCAGAGCUGCAGGAACACCGUCAGCGUGCUGGAGGAGGCGCUGGAUCAGGACCGGACCGCCCUACAGAAGGUGAAGAAGUCAGUCAAAGCGAUCUACAACUCUGGCCAAGAGCAUGUACAGAAUGAGGAGAACUACUGCCAGGCUCUGGACAAGUUCGGCAGUAACUUCAUGAGCCGGGAUAGCUCUGAACUAGGUGCCUCCUUCAUCAAGUUCUCAAGUCUGGUGAAGGAGCUAGCGGCUCUGCUCAAAAACCUGCUCCAGAGCCUGAGCCACAAUGUCAUCUUCACCCUGGACUCUCUGCUGAAAGGCGACCUGAAAGGAGUGAAAGGGGAUCUCAAAAAGCCCUUUGACAAAGCCUGGAAAGACUACGAGACGAAGUUUACGAAGAUUGAGAAGGAGAAGCGAGAGCAUGCCAAACAGCACGGGAUGAUCCGCACCGAGAUCACCGGAGCCGAGAUCGCAGAGGAGAUGGAGAAAGAGCGCAGGAUCUUUCAGCUACAGAUGUGUGAAUACCUGAUCAAAGUGAACGAGAUAAAGACGAAGAAGGGAGUCGACCUCCUCCAGAACCUCAUCAAGUAUUAUCAUGCACAAUGCAACUUUUUCCAGGAUGGCCUGAAAACCGCUGACAAGAUGAAGCAGUAUAUUGAGAAGUUAGCAGCUGAUCUCUAUAACAUAAAGCAAACACAGGACGAGGAGAAGAAACAGCUAACUGCUCUCAGAGACCUUAUCAAAUCCUCCUUACAGCUGGACCAGAAAGAGGAUUCACAGAGCAAGCAGAGUGGAUACAGUAUGCAUCAGCUUCAGGGCAAUAAGGAGUUCGGCUGUGAGAAGAAGGGCUAUCUGAUGAAGAAAAGUGACGGGCUGCGGAAGGUGUGGCAGAGGAGGAAGUGCUCGGUGAAGGGUGGCAUCCUGACCAUUUCUCAUGCCACGUCCAACAGACAGCCGGUUAGACUCAACCUGCUCACCUGUCAGGUCAAACCAGGCGAGGAUAAGAAGUGCUUCGACCUGAUCUCCCAUAAUCGCACAUAUCAUUUCCAGGCAGAGGAUGAGCAGGAGUUUGUGAUCUGGAUCUCGGUGCUGACUAACAGUAAGGAGGAGGCUCUGAACAUGGCAUUCCGUGGCGAGCAGAGUGCCGGAGAUGACAGUCUAGAGGAUCUAACCAAAGCCAUCAUCGAGGACGUGCUACGCAUGCCUGGCAACGAGGUGUGCUGCGACUGCGGAGCGUCAGAGCCUAAAUGGUUGUCCACUAACCUGGGCAUCCUGACCUGUAUCGAGUGUUCAGGGAUCCACAGAGAGAUGGGCGUCCAUAUUUCACGCAUACAGUCCAUGGAGCUGGACAAACUAGGCACCUCGGAACUCUUGCUGGCCAAGAAUAUAGGAAACAGUAGUUUUAAUGAAAUCCUGGAGGGGAAUCUGCCGAGCCCCUCCACAAAGCCGACACCGUCCAGUGACAUGACAGAGAGGAAGGAGUACAUCAACGCCAAGUACGUGGAACACCGGUUUGCCCGGCGCACACCAUGCACGGCCACGGCGAGGCAAGGCGACCUGUACGAGGCGGUCAGGACCCGAGACUUGCUGGGGCUCGUGCAGCUCUACGCUGACGGAGUGGAGCUGCUGGAACCGUUCCUCGAAGCAGGACAGGAUCCUGGGGAGACAGCUUUGCACUUCGCUGUACGGACUUCAGACCAGACCUCGCUGCCGCUGGUCGAUUUUCUCGUUCAGAACAGUGGCUCUCUGGACAGGCAGACGGAGAGCGGGAACACUGCGCUCCAUUACUGCUGUACGUACGAGAAGCCGGAGUGUGUGAAACUGUUGCUCAGGGGCAAGCCGCUGAUCGAUAUAGUCAAUCAGAACGGAGAGACAGCCUUGGACAUCGCAAGGAGGUUAAGAAACACACAGUGUGAGGAACCUGUGGUGGAGGCAGCGGCGGGGAAGUUUAACCCUCACGUCCACGUGGAGUACGACUGGAACCUGCGCCUGGAGGAGAUCGACGAGAGCGAUGAUGAUCUGGACGAUAAGCAGCCGAGUCCGGUGAAGAAGGAGCGUUCCCCACGACCGCAGAGCUUCUGCCACUCGUCCAGCGUGUCUCCUCAGGAGAAGCUCACGCUGCCCGGAUACUUAAGCCACAGGGACAAGCAGCGGCUCUCGUACGGCGCCUUCGCCAACCCCGUCUACAGCACGUCCACGGAAACACCCGCAUCGCCUGGGGCAGACACGCCCACUCCUGCCACAAAGAGCAGUGCCAAAGCUCCCACCACUGGCCCUCCCACCUCUCUCCCACUGGGUUCUCAGCCUUGUACAAGUGGCAGCUCCACUCUAUCUAAAAAGAGGGCUCCUCCACCUCCUCCCGGAGGCCACAAACGCACACUCUCAGACCCACCCAGCCCCGUCCUCCAGGGACCCCAAAGCAAAGGGAGUGAUUUAACACCACCGCCUGCAAACAGGACCUCGCCAGCUAACAAAUUUGAAGGAAUUCAGCAGCAGCAAAGCACUACUUCUAGUAAUACAAAAUCAACACUCGGCCCCAGAGUCUUACCCAAACUACCUCAAAAAGUGGCAUUAAGAAAGACUCCAGGCAUUGUCCCAUCAGUGGACAAACCCAAUCAGGGCCCUGAGGUCCUGCAGAAACCUACCCAGGUGGUAGACAUGCCAACUAGAGAUACCAUUACCCGACCUACCGAGCCUCCACCUAAAAUCCCACAGGCAGCUGAGAGGCCCCAGCCAGCUGAGAUUCCUCCCAAGCCACACAUCCUGGAGCUUCCUCCUAAACCUCAGCUCUCGGACCUUCCCCCAAAACCACAGCUAUCAGAAUUACCCCCCAAACCCCAACUGUCUGAUCUGCCCCCUAAACCCCAACUUAAGGAUCUGCCACCUAAACCACAGCUAUCAGACCACGCCCCAAAACUCCCAGUUUCCACAACUACAGAGACACCACAUAAACAGCCAACACUAGAAGAGACAACUCCAAAAGUGCAAUUGACGGAGGCUCAAACUCCAGGUCAGCAUGUAGAGCUUUCACCCAGGCAGGCGAGUGAGGAUACCAACGGUGCACCAGCAGGUGUUGUAGAGAUGCCAGUACCUCUGCCACGCAAAAUAAACACGGUGAAGAACAAAAUGAAAAGGGUAAGGACCAUAUACGAUUGCCAAGCAGACAACGAUGAUGAGCUGACGUUUAGUGAAGGAGAAGUGAUCAUUGUUACGGGAGAAGAAGACCAAGAGUGGUGGAUUGGACACAUAGAAGGUCAGCCGGACAGGAAAGGGGUCUUUCCCAUGUCCUUUGUGCAGAUUUUGUCCGACUGACAGUGUGACCGGCAGGUGUGAGGCUGUCCCUGUAGCACAAGCUUUGCCCCAUUAGCCUCUCACCAGACUCUGGAUUCCGCCUCUCUGUAUAGCUGCUGUAACCCAAACAAAUCUCAAGUAUUCAAAAGGAAAAAAAUAUCAUAUCAAAUCUAGACUCUUGGAAAAAAAAACAAUGAAGGGUGAACUGUGUGUUGUUAACAAACUACAAAACAUUAUCUUGCCUACCAGUAUUACCGUAGCCAUGGCGGCCCAGCAUGCUAACCUGGGUAUGCAGUAGCUAUCCUCGGAAUUUAGCACUUAACAUUUCUCAGUGUAUGCUGUAAACUCUGUGUAUGUGUGCACAUAUGGAAGUAUAUGUAUGUCCAUAUUAAGUGUCUCUGUACAUAUAUAUGCACAAAUGUAAGUGUAUAUUUAUGUACUUAUGUUAUGUAGGAUGUAAGUGUGCAAAUGUAUGUUAACCCCUGCUUGCUUCAGGAGCCGGACUGACUCCUAGACAUUUUAGCUCAGUGUUUUCAUUCAUCUCUUGAAUUCCUAGAGGGACUAAUGGACAAAAAAAAAACCCUAGAGAGAAUUAAAUGAAUGUUUUUAAUGAAUAUUAUAACAGUGUUGUCCUCAAGUAUAGUGGCACGAUAACCAGGGAUGAAAACUUUUUUUUUUUUUUUUUUUACAUUUUUUUCCCAGGCCUCUAAGCAUCUCAUCUUCUAUGCAUAUAAGGUUAAUUGAGUUAGGCUGGAUUGCUUGCUUGUCAUUAUAUUUCAUACUGAAAAUGAAAUAACAGUAGCCACAUUUGUCUUCUAGCUAUACAGUAAAAAAACAAAAAACAAAGAUUCCAGCUCUGGAGGUGGUUUACUGGUUGGUCAAUAGUCCAUGCCACUUGGUGAAUAUCCAUGCAUCUCCUUAUACAGUAGCUACGCAAUGCCAGAUAUCACAAAGCCCCUGUAACACUUCCUUGUCCAUAGGAUUAUGAUUUAAGGCGGAUGGAACCAAGUAAAGCAUUGCCCUUAAAAUGUCAUUCCACUUAAAAUGCACAUCGACCAGCAGGUUCAAGAUACUCGUUUAUUAGGUCUCUGUAGAAAUAACUCUGGAACUGUGGAGUUUCGUUUGUAGGUUGUUUGUAUGUUUGGUUUUAUUUGAAUAUGACUUCAGGGGAACAAUGAGAGCAAAGGAGUGACGGGCAGUAACACAGCUCCGAAUGAACUUAAUGCUGUCUCUGACUUUUCCUCAACCAGGGAGACUUGAGCUUUUCAGCGUUUGUUUUUAUUUUGGUCUUAACAGAAUAUCAUAUAUUAUUAGCAAAUGCCUCCUAAUUUGUUGAUAGUAUUAGCCGUUUAUAGGGCUACAGUGUGUCAGUAUGAAAAGGAAUUUAAAUCUCUUUGAGUGUAUAGAAAGUGAAUGAAUAUUCAUUUAUUUUAGGAUAUCUUAAGCUGUAACUGGGGUAAACCACGAUGCAAGAUUUCAGCACAAGCAAAAACUGCAGCGCUCCAUGAAUUAACGAACUUAUGUGAAGCCUGUGGAACUGAGUUCCUGAUGCACCAUUCGUGUGUUAAACGUAUGUACAUUGAAACUCUCAGUGAGCCUGUUGUUGGACCAAAUGUGUGAAAUUCAUAUUUAGAUACAACACGCUUCAUCUAGAGGUGCCAUCUCGGCUAGUCAGGAACCGGUGAUAGACACUUGUCUGUUAAUAUCUGAAAGCAGUCGAAUGGCUUAUUUCAAGAAGAACUGGAUCUGAUCCUGAUGUUAAAAUAUAUCAAGUAUAGAUUUAACCACUCGUUUCUCAUUUGUUUUCGUCUGUGUUUUGCUGCACUGUAUGUUUAGUCCCAAGACACUCUCUGAUAUCAAGUUUCAUUUAGAAAUAAAUAUUUUACGUUGAAACUAA